AUGCUGUCUACCGUGUGGGAUUACAUCAUCGUCGGUGGUGGCCUUGCGGGCUCCGUUAUCUCGAGUCGUAUGCUUGAGUAUAACAGCUCACUGAGCAUUUUACUCAUUGAGGCCGGCGAGGAUACUAGGUCGCGUACAGAUAUCCUCUAUGUCAACGCCACCAACCUUAUGGGCGGUGAGCUGGACUGGCAGUAUCCUACCAAGCCUAUCUCUGGGCUGAAUAACCGCACUAUAGUCUUCAACCAGGGCAAGGGUCUUGGUGGUGGCGCCGCAAUCAAUGCCUGCGGUUAUACUCGUGGCCCCAAGGUUGAUUAUGAUGAAUGGGCUGAGCUUAUCGGCGACCCUCGCUGGAGCUACGAGAAUCAGCUUCCUUACAUGAAGAAGGCUGAGGACUGGUCCAACUCCGAUAACACAGCCCAGCACGGAAAUGGUGGCCCUCUUCACGUCGCAAGCGUCUCUUCUACUGGCCGCGCCUAUCCUCUUCGCGAUGCUGUCGCCAAGGGUUGGGACGAGCUCGGCAUCCCUGAGCUCCCUAAUCUUGAUAGCAACGCCGGUAACAACAUUGGCCGCGCUGAGCUCACUGAGACCCGUCGCAAUGGCCUACGCGAACUCCCUCCUGUCAUCUACCCCCUAAAGGGUAUCACCGUACUUACCGACACCCUUGUUGAGAAGAUUCUCCUUAAGAAAAAUUGCAGUGACGGCGAGCUUCACGCUACUGGUGUUCAACUAGCCAACGGCACCCAAAUCUCUUCCAAGAAUGUCAUUUCCGCCGCCGGUGCUUACCGCUCUCCUCAACUUCUUAUGCUGUCAGGUAUCGGUGACGCUGUCGAACUCGAGAAGCACAACAUCUCCGUUCAGCUCAACUUGCCUGAGGUUGGCAAGAACCUGGCAGACCACAUUUCGUUCUACCAAUGGUGGCAACUUAAGAACCCCGAAAAGGGAUACGCACUUGGGUCCUCCAAUCCCCUUUUCGCACAGCCCGAGUUCGGUCUGGGAUACCCCAUCGACUGGGUCACUUCCACUGGCGUCAACAAGACAGGCCUCGCUGAUGCCAUUGCCAAAGAUGAGGGCGCUGCCCCAGACUCUGCUACCCAUUCGCUUCUGAAGAAUGACCGUACCUUCCUCGAGACCUUCGUUAUCUACCAGGCUUACAACCCUGCGAACCCUGCUGUUCCCAUGGACGGAUCGCACAUCUACACCAACCUUGUCUCUUUCCUACCUACGUCUCGCGGUACUGUCAGCCUCAGCUCCUCCAACCCCACUGAUGCCCCUGUCAUCGACCUGAACUAUCUCGCUACCGAGGUUGACCGCUAUGUCUACCGCGAGGGUGUCCGUCAGAUCACUAAGCUGAUGCUUGACACCUCCUUUGGCAAGGAGUACAUCGCCGGCGAAGCUGCCCCGAACAACUUCGCCCCUGCUUCCCUUGAGGAUACUGACGAAUAUCUUGACGCCCGUCUGGCUCAAGGAGGUCUCACUACAUGGCACCCUCACGGCACCUGUGCUAUGGGCAAGGUUGUUGAUUCGGAGUUCAACGUCAAGGGAGUCAAGGGAUUGCGCAUUGUUGACGCUUCCGUUCUGCCCGUGGCAAUGGCCGCUCAUUUGAUGGCUCCGUUGUACGCCAUGGCGGAGCAAGCGGCUGCCAUUAUUACUGGCAACGCGUAA